GUCUCGAGCGCCUACCCAUAAUCCCUUGCGCUGUUAACGCGCAGGCACAAUCGGAAGUCGGUUUUGGUUUUUCACUUUUUAUUUUUUUUUACCACCAAAUCCGAGGCAAAAGUGGCACUUAAAAAUAAAACGGCGCUCGUACAAAAACCGAAACCGCCUUUCAGCUCCUUCCAAGAUGGCUCAUCUGUCUGCUCUUUUCAAGUACGUGGAUGACCACCAGGAGGUCUACGUGCAGCGCCUGGCAGAUUGGGUCGGCGUCCAGAGCGUGUCUGCUUUGCCGGAGAACCGUGACAUGGUGAAGAAGAUGAUGGACAUAGCGGCCAAGGAUAUUGAGCGACUGGGGGGCACGGUGGAGAUGGUGGACAUCGGCAAGCAGAAGCUUCCCGAUGGGGCGGAGAUCCCCCUGCCACCUAUCAUCCUGGGACGCUUGGGCUCGGACCCGGGUAAGAAGACGGUGUGCAUCUACGGUCACCUCGACGUCCAGCCCGCCAACAUAGAAGACGGCUGGGACACGGAACCUUUCACUCUGGUGGAGAAAGAUGGAAAGCUGUACGGGAGGGGCUCCACUGAUGACAAGGGUCCAGUUCUGGCUUGGUUCAACUGCAUCGAGGCCUACCAGAAGAUCCAGCAGGAGCUGCCCAUCAACAUCAAAUUCUGCUUCGAGGGCAUGGAAGAGUCCGGGUCAGAAGGCCUUGACGAACUGGUCUUUUCCCGCAAAGACAGCUUCUUCAAGGACGUGGACUACUGCUGCAUCUCGGACAACUACUGGCUGGGCAAGACCAAGCCCUGCAUCACCUACGGGCUGAGAGGAAUCUGCUACUUUGUCAUCGAGGUGGACGGCUGCGACAAGGACCUGCACUCCGGCGUGUUUGGGGGCUCGGUCCACGAGGCCAUGACGGAUCUCAUUACACUUAUGGGGUCCUUGGUGGACAAGAGAGGCAGGAUCCAAGUUCCCGGCAUGUACGACGACGUGGCUCCACUGACGGACGAAGAGAAGCAACUUUACGACAAGAUCGAGUUUGAUUUGGACGAGUACUCCAAGGAUGUCGGCGUGGAACAGCUGCUGCACAGCAGCAAGGAGCAAAUCCUCAUGCACCGCUGGCGGUAUCCCUCUCUUUCCCUGCACGGCAUCGAGGGGGCUUUCUCUGGCACGGGCGCCAAGACGGUUAUCCCCAGAAAAGUCCGUGGCAAAUUCUCCAUCCGCCUGGUCCCAGACAUGGACCCCAAAGAUGUGGAGAAGAAGGUGCUCGGCUACCUGCAGGGGAAGUUUGCCCAACUGGAGAGCCCCAACAAGCUGAAUGUUUCCAUGAUCCACGGGGCGAAAGCCUGGGUCUCUGACUUCAAUCAUCCCCACUACAUGGCAGGUCGCAGGGCCAUGAAGACGGUCUUUGGCGUGGAACCGGACCUGACGCGCGAGGGCGGAAGCAUCCCCGUCACGCUGACCUUCCAGGAGGCCACAGGACGCAAUGUCAUGCUCCUUCCCGUCGGGUCCUCCGACGACGGCGCUCACUCCCAGAACGAGAAGAUCAACAGAUCCAACUACAUUCAAGGAAUCAAGAUGCUGGGUGCUUACUUCCACGAAGUGUCUCAGCUGCAAGACUGAACACACAAUGUGCUCCAUGCAUUUCUGACACAUUUACUCCUGAUAAUAAAAUUCUUGGUUAGUUUUUUCAUACACUGGUUGAAUAUUUUGCAGCCAUGUUUGUCACAUUCUGGUACUGUGUAUACUGUCAUACUUAUGUUGUGUCUCCUUCUUUCUCUUUGGGCUUUUCCCUUCAGGGGUCAUCCAAUCAAUCCCCUCCAUCCAACCCUGUCUUCUGUCCCUCUCACACCAACUACCCUCAUGUCCUCCUUCACUACAUCCAUAAACCUCUUUGGUCUUCCUCUACACCUCCUACCUGGCAACAGCUUUCUACCAAUAGAUUCACUAUCUGUACUCUGGACAUGCCUCUGAGUGUGUAAUAACAGAAUAAUUACACCAGUAAAAUCUAUUUCAUUAAAU